AUGCCUAAGCUUUACCACUCAGUCCCUCUCGAUGAGGAGAAGGAUGGAGCAUCAUUCAGCCGUACAUUAAGCAGCGACUCAGACUGGGAUGGCGUCAUUCCUAAAGCCCGCCGUCAACUUAGCAGCCACUGGUCUUGGCUGAUCCAUGCCGUGCUGCUCACCGUCUCCGGCACACUCUUCGCCGUCUCUUUCUGCGCACGCACUGCAAAGCCAGACGAUACCUUGUACACAAAACUGUACUCGUCGUACUCCCCCGCCGCGAAUGUGGUCAAGUAUGAGACUACCCGGUUCACCAACCUGACACCCGUCGUGGAAGGCCCUUUUGUAGGCUACGGGCCUGAAGUUGACCUGGCAUGGGAUUAUAUUGCAAAUGACAUCGGUGAUACGAUGAUCUCGGAGAAAGAGCUCGACGACCUCGGACUUCCACGAAACUCGCUAAAGAUCGCCCACCCAAAGACCGGAGAGGUCGGCUACCGGGCCGCACUGGAAGUCUUUCACCAGCUCCACUGUCUAAACCUGGUUCGGCAGGCUGUGUACAAGGAUUACUAUAAGGAGCACGGAGGUGACGUUGGCGAGGCGGAGAGCAAAGAGGACCUGAUGGGACAUGUCGACCAUUGCAUUGAGACGCUGCGGACAAAUCUCAUGUGCCAGAGCGACAUUGGCGUCUUCACCUUCAAGCUGUUCCCCGAGUACGGCUUUCCUGAUGACGACUACUGGCCCGACUUCAACACUCUGCAUACGUGUCGUAACUUCGAAGCCAUCCGCACGUGGGCCGUGGAUCAUACUGUGUCUUGGGACCACAAUGUUUGA